AUGGCUACCGGCUCAUUCGCUGCUUCGUUGGCUCAGCUGACCGGCCUGGACGACGAGACGGCGCGGACACAACUUCUGCCGCACCUGGACUCGCUGAAGUCGCAGGCAGAGAUCAGGAAUUACCUAGACUCGCUCCUCGCACCGGGAACCGCCGCUCAGAGCUUCACAAACUCCUAUAUCGCCCACCGCUUCCCCUCGGCUUUGUCCCGACCCUCCUCCUCAUCCCGUCAAGGCUGGGCAACUCCCUCAUCCUCUCGCCCUUCUCCCACCUCUUCUCGCGCUCCCUCCGAAGACCGCCGCCGAUCGCAGAACCUUGAACGAGUACUUGCGGCUGCACCGAAGGGAGGGAAGGUGUACAUCAAGACGAAGGAGGAGGAUUUGGAUGGAUGGGGAGGGGUGAAGAGCGGGAAUAGGAGCGUGGGGAAUAGUCGAGCGGGUAGUCAGACGAGGAGUGCGGGAGGAGCGUCGGGUAGCGCGCAUGCGGCACCCGUACCCUCGCCGCUUCGACCAGCACCGCCUGCCGCCUUGUCUCCCUCCGCUAUGGCACCUCGACACGCCCAACAACCGCAGCAGAAGGGCAAGGGGAAAGCGCAGGAGCCAGAACUGGAGCUGUCGGAAGAGGCAGCGAAGGAGUUGUUGCGGAUCGAGCGCGAGCUGAGGAGCUUUGAGCCCAAGAAGGCGGGUGCGAAGUCGAGGGUCUGCUUCUGUCAAGCCCGCCAACACCCUCUCUCGACCUACAUCCCCCUCUGCCCCCGCUGCUCCCUCGUCCUCUGCUCGCUCAACCUCCCCUCCGCGCCCUGCCCGUCCUGCUCUCACGGUCCUCUCCUUUUCUCCGCCCUCACCGCCUCUCACAUCGCGACCCUCCAAUCCGCUCGUGAGACCCUCCUAGCUCGCGAAAAGCGCCGCGCCCAAGCCGAGCGCGAACAAGCGGAGCGCGAACGAGCUGCGAUUCGCUUUCCUGAGCUUGGGAUGGACGUACAGCGUGCGCCGUUGCCUGGAAUGGGGCCGAGGAGCUAUGCGGGACAUGCGGGUGGCGGGAUGAGCAUGUCGGAUAGGAUUGACCGGGCGUACGAGGCGCGACAUGCAGCUCAGACGGAGCAUAUGUCAGCCGGCGCAGAAGGAGGUGGGAAGGUGUUGCGGCUGGACGGCAAGACGGGCAAAGUCAAGGUGCAGAAAAAGGUUGCAAAGCCUUCGACAGCUCGAGGCGGCAAGACGACCUUGACGGAGGAGACGGUUGCUGUGGUCGACCCGGAGGACGACGACGGGCUCAUCGCCUGGAUCGACGAGGACGACGACGGCGUGCGUGGCGAGCGCGCCUUGCGCUCUCUUCAAGCGGAGGAGAUCGCAGGGCGCACGGUGCCGGACGACCGGCCGUUCCUGAACGUCACGCUGGACGAGGACGAGCGACCUGUGUGGACUCCGCCAGCCGAGGCAGAUGAAGGAGAGGCUGCGGAGGAGGCAGGCGACGCGGGAACGGCUGAUGCGGCUUCUUCGGCGCCGGCGUCGGUCGCCAAGCCCGCUGUACCCGGUGCACCAGUCGCGAAGGACGAGUCGAACGGCAAGAGGAGGCGCGGGAGGGGCGGCAAGGGCAAGGACAAAGCGGGAGGAGCGGCAGCGGAGUAG